AUGGGAAACAAGGGCCAUCGGCUAACAGAAGUAGAGCAGCAAGGCAUCGAAGAGCGACCAGUCUUUCAGACUAUUGAACCUCCUAGUACUGGCUUAAAGGUUGCACUUGUGGUUAAUUAUGACGAGAAUACAAAUGCUAAAAAUAAAUCUUCACUAAACAGAAUUGCUCAAACUGCUUGGUGUAACGAUCACGAACAUGAGCACGCGAAGAUUCUGAAUCGUCGAGUGGAGUAUAUGACUAGUUUGACGGUGAACUCAUCCGAGCCACUACAAAUAGCUUAUUACGAAAUCGGAGGCCUUUAUUUACCACACCAUGAUUUUAUAAAGAAAGAUAAACUCGACUCAGUCAUACAUUUCAAACAAAGGGGCAUUGCAAAUCGAAUAGCCACAGUGCUGUUUUAUGAAAUUAAAUCAAAUCCAGACCGAGAGAGAUGGGAGCAAGCCGUAAAAGAUGAACUGACCUCACUCCGAGAUAACAAAACAUGGAUACUGGUGGACAGACCAAAAGACAGAAACAUCGUCGACUGUAAAUGGAUUUUUACUGUCAAACCCGAUGAGUUUGGUAACCCUACUAGGUUUAAGGCUAGGUUAGUUGCUCGUGGUUUUAGCCAACAAUAUCUGGUGGAUUACGAUGAAACUUUCGCUCCGGUUGAAAGAAUUGACAGUUUUCGCCUAAUGUUAGCAUUUGCAAAUCAGUUUGACUUAUUAAAACAUCAUAUGGAUGUAAAAACUGCCUUUUUGAAUAGUGAAUUGAAACAAGAAAUUUUUAUGAAAGUUCCAGAGGGAUCUGCAGUGGAUACUGAAGAAGGGAGUGCACCGGUCCUGUGUUUGACGAAAAGGGAAAUAUUAAUCGUAAGACAGAAAAAUUUAAAUAAGACUGCAGCUGUUAUCUAUUCAGAUAUAGAAAAAUGCAUGUCUGAUGAAUUUCUAAGACAAUUUGUUUUAUCAGACAAGAAGAAAUCCAGAAUUCAAGAAUUGGCUUAUGAAUUGCAGAAAAAUUUGCAACAAGUAGGAAGAUUAGAAAAGAGAUUCUUUGAAACUUUCCCUGAAUGA